AUGGACGGGCCUCAUAAGCAGGAAUUCCAUGUCCGGAACCUUCUCACUCGUUCUGUCACCCUAUUCCCAACUCAAGCCCAGGUCGUCCGCGAGAUUAAGGACGUGGUUCUGAAGCCCGGUGCCAACGAAAUCACUGUCGUCGGAGUAACUCCAACAGCCGAUGAGAAUUCAAUCAAGGUUGAGGGAACUGGGUUAGCUACCAUUACUGACAUUACGGUUGAGCUGCUGCCCAACCGAGACAUCUUCGAGGAGAUUUAUCCCGAUUCCGACUCUGAGCCCGACAAGAAUGAGUCCGAGGAGGAGGAGGAGGAAGACGACAGCGAAGACAAGGUCAAUGCGGCGCUUGAGGAAGUGAAGGAUAAGCUGGUGGCCUUGCAGGACGAGCAAAAGCGUGCCAAGGAGAUCAUCGCCAGUGCCGAGAGCCGCCUGCGAAUUCUCGACUCGUACUGCAAUUCUCUGAACCGAAAAGCCGACAUCGACAUUGAGGCCAGAGUGGAGACCUACCGCAAGGAGCGCCAAAAGGUCUUCCGGGACCACAUGGAGGGCGCUGUUCUUGACCGCGACCUGACAAAGAGCGUCUCAAAACUGAUGCGCGAGAAGGCACGCCUCGAAAAACUUCAGGCCAGGGAGGAGAAGAAGGCCGCGGAGGAGAAAGCCAAGGCCAAGAGGGCAAGAGAGAAGCGGAAGGCGCAGCAGAAACGCCGUGACGAGGAACGAGAGAGGGAAAAAGACCGAAUCCGCAGAGAGCGCCGGAAGUUUUGGCCCCGCGUCUGUUACACGGUCCGCAUUAGCCUUGAUGCCGGUACCAACUUCACGCCCAGCUCAUCUCGCCGAAAUUCCAUAGCCAGUGCCGCCGACGUUGAGCUUGCUUCGGACAAGAGUCCAAAGGAGGGCCAGGCCACCGUGACGUGCGACCUGACCCUUUCCUACGUCACGUCGUCCGCCUUCUGGUCCCCGAGCUACGACCUGGCGCUCUCGACGACGACCAACACGGCCACACUCAGCUUCGACGCCCGUCUGACCAACAUGACAUCUGAGACGUGGACCAACAGCAAGGUGAUCCUGAGCACCUCGCAGGCCAACUUCUCGGGACUACAGGACGACGUGCCGUCGCUCGUUCCGUGGCGCCUCAAGCUCGUCGGUAGGGGCAUCGGUCUCUCGGAUGGCUUCGACAUUGUGUACAGCCGGGAGGAGCGGAACCAAAAAGAGAUUUGGACUUCUCGGCAGAACGCCGCAGUUUCUCAGAGACCCCGAACAGAUCUGUUUGGGGUGGGCCAGGGCCCGCUGUCAAAGUUGAGGAAGGAAGUCCGGGCCAGCUCAUCCGUGUCCGCGCCGCCCCCGCCACCCCCGCCGGACCCUUCUUACGACGCCUACAAGGCUCGCGCAGUUCGUUUCGGUAUGUCGGCUGAUGGUCCCGGCGCGUCUGCUUUCAAUUCGAGCAAUACCGGAGCCAACAACACCGUUUCUGCCUUUGGCCAGGUGGGGGCCAACGCCAACAAUUUCCCGGGUGGCAGCCUCUUUGGGCUACAGGCUCCUCCAGCAGCUCCUCCAGCAGCUCCGGCUCCAGGGGCAGCGACAGUCUCCCGCGCCCCCGUGCUAUUCGCCGCCCGCCGGUCCCCCGACCGCGCCGCCACCUCCGCAGCGACCCAGCCCGAGGGCUACAGCGAGGACACCGACGGCGCCGACAACGACGACGCCGGGACGAUGCUAGAGCCAGCCCCCGAGCUCUCUUUCCAGGACCCCUCCUUUGAAGAGACCGGCCUGACGGCCACGUACGAGCUGCCGCAAGCCAAAACCCUCAAGCCGUCGCCCACUCCGUCCAAGCAGCGGAUAGCCCGCGUUUCUUUCGCCAACGUUAGCUUCUCGCGUACCGUCGUGGCCAAGUACAGACCGGCGGCAUACCUACGGGCACGGCUGCGCAACACGAGCAAGUUGACUCUCCUCCGGGGCCCGAUGGGCCUCACGCUCGACGGCACGUUCCUGGGGCGGUCGACGCUGCCGCGGUGCAGCGCGGGGGACAGCUUCACUGUGGCCCUGGGAGUGGACCCGGCCAUCCGGGUGGCGUACCCCAAGCCCGACGUGACGCGCAGCACGACGGGCGUUUUCUCCAAGGGCGAGAACAACGUGUACACGCGCAGCGUGACGCUCGUCAACACGCGCGCCGCGGCGGGUCGCCCCGUCGACGUCACCGUGCUCGAUCAGGUGCCCGUCUCGGAGGACGACAAGAUCCGGGUCGAGGUGCUCCGGCCGGCGGGCCUCGCCGCGAGCGGCGGCAAGACCGGUCCGGUGCCGACCGGCGUGCCCGGGCGGGAGGGCAAGGAGGAGCAGGACUGGGGCAAGGCCACGGCCAGCCUGAAGAAGGCCGGCGAGGUCCAGUGGGACGUGUCGCUCAACGCCGGCAAGAGCGUCAAGCUGGUGCUGCAGUACGAGGUUGCGUUCCCGACGGGAGAGAGGGUGGCACAGGUGUUUUAA